CCCUUCUCCUUUCGUGAGACCUAUUUCGGUCUCGAGGUAACGUGGGGUCGGGGGGUCAAACAGCGCGGCUGCAGGGUGGCAGCUGCCUGCCGGCCCCUCUUCUCGGCCCCUUCACCCUCGGACGCUCAGAGCCAUGGCGCUGCCGCUGCUGCCGGGCCACAGCUUCAACCGCAACAUGGGAAAAGAGAAAUUCCACAAAUCUCAACAUUGGGGCUUUUGCAACAAUGUUAGGAUGCUGGUGAGUGAAGAUAAACCAGGAACAGGUGGAGAACUGCUUCUCGGACAAAAGAUAAAGCCAAAACAUAGUGUAUUUCCUAAAGGAAUGGGAACUGAUUCACCAUCCUGGGUGGCUUUUGAUAAACAGGCUUCCCACUGAGAGGAGGAAUCAGAACAUUGGAAUGGACGCUGAAGGAAGGAAAGAAGACCUGCCC